AUGCACUUCUCUCCUUCACCAUCUUCCCUUCACUUCAUCCUGACAAUCAUAUUGAUUUCAAUGAUAACCCCGACGUUUCUAUGUGCUAACGAAGUCCGAUAUGAAAACUGUGGGGAAAAUUUUUCAUGUGGAGGCAUCAGCAGCAUCAAAUAUCCUUUCUGGGGAGCAAAUCGUGCAGAUUACUGUGGAAAACCAGGAUUUGAGCUCGAGUGCCAUGAUAACGUACCCCUGAUCACUGUCACGUCAGAAAAGUAUCGAGUUCUCGCUAUCGCUUCCCAACUACAUAACCUCAUAGUCGUUAGAGAUGAUUUCUGGAACAACAUAUGUCCUGCACGUUUGGUUAACACAAGCCUCGAGUCCACAGUCUUCAGCUAUGCUUUUGGGCUUCGGAACCUGACAUUGUUCUAUGGUUGCACUUACAACUCAGUACCUAUUUUAGGUAAUUCUAGUAAGUAUGACUGUGGCGUAAACAGUACUAACUCCAACCUGUUCUAUGUGACAACAAAUAUAACGAUCGAUCCACGCUGGGGGAUGAGCUGCAAUGAUACUGUCAUUGUUCCGGUUUUUGAAGGGAGUGCUAGAGCUCUGGAGGACAAUUUUACGAAUCUUGGUACAGUAAUAGAUGGGGGUUUUGAAUUGCAGUGGAAUGAGAGUGACCAAUGCAGCAAAUGUGUGGAAUCAGGCGGGGAGUGUGGAUAUAAUCGAACUGAAAAUCAAUUCACUUGCUUUUGCCAUGAUCAACCAUACUCAAAUGCAUGUCUGACUAGACCAGACAACGAGCAAUAUACAGCCUGUGGUGAGUUGUUUGAGUGUGCGAACAUUCAGGGCAUCGGUUAUCCUUUCUGGGGACAAAACCGGCUACCAUAUUGCGGCCACCCGCGUUUCAGGCUGAAUUGCCAAGGUGAUGCCCCCAUAAUCACAAUCCUGUCAAUGGAUUUCCGAGUCCUGGCUAUCGAUAACAAAACGCAAACUCUCACAGUUGCUAGACAGGAUCUGUGGAACAAUAUUUGUCCAAUCUUUCUUUACAACACCACCAUGGAUUUCAACAUCUUUAGCUAUUCAAUCCGCCAGCGGAACAUCAGUCUUCAUUACGGGUGCACCAGAUUUCCAGUACCCUUGCAAAAUCAGUUUGAUUGCAAUGUGAACAGCACCCCCAGUUCUAGUUAUUUCACAAUGGGAGAAACACCCAACUUUGUCAUCAACAAUACCACAAUUACCUGCAAUAGCAAUGUUAUUGUUCCGGUUAAUGAGACCUCGACUGAGAUAUUGUCAAGCCUUUCGGCUACGACAAAUAAUCUAACAGCAGCUCUUGACGGUGGUUUUCAGUUGCAGUGGGAUGCGAAUAAUAUGUACUGCACCCAGUGCAACGAUUCUGGUGGGCGAUGUGGGUCUGACUCAAGCAACACAUCCUUUGCUUGCUAUUGUUUAGAUGGAUCAUAUGCUCGCACCUGUCGUAAUACGGAUCAAACUGGAAAGGUCCUCGAACUUCUUAUGCCAUAUAGACAACAUUGUAUUGUAGAUCAAAUUGGAGGGCAUCUGAUUUUCAAGUUCUCGGACUUGGAAACACAGGCCCUGGAAUUUGCCAGAACUUGGCCUGGUUUUGAGGAUUGCAUCUAUGGGUGUAGAUAG